CCGAACUGGAGAGGGUUCGUAGGCACGACGUUUGUGACGAUGAUGGAGGAGUUCCAGCACCUCAUAUCAAACACAACGUCAGGGCUGAUCAUGCAACCGGUCUGUAACGCAACAGUUGACGAUACGUACAGAGUGGGCGGAAUCGGUGGUGACAACUUAUAUCCCGCGUACAGCAACCCGUCCAUCAUGCGAGCCUUCGUCUCUGGCUGGAUGGGCCGCCGUAUUAACGACGAAAACAUGACUGUCGCGGGGGAGAACUACGCCCAGGAAAUCAUCGACCUGUUUGCAGUGACCGACACCUUAUCCGAAUUUAACAGCGGGACCUACACAGGCGUU